UUGUCCGUAUAAGGUAGAGUGAGCGGAAAUGAGUAUCCCUCAAUUUUCUUACAAUUUUAAAGAGGAUUCCAUGUGAAAGCAAACAAUCAUCGAAUUCUCUUUAAACAAAGUCUAGGCCAAUAUAUUUUUUCAGUUCUGGCAUCAUUGUGGAGUAUAAAUGCCAAUGCGAGGAAAAUAUCAAUAACUAUCGAUAACGCGGAAAGCUUAACGAUUCUAUCGAUAGCCGGCAACUAUCGAUACUAUCGAUAAUUAUCGAUAGGUUUCCCAUCCCUACUUCAGUCAUCAACACUUUCUGAUUAGAGUAAAAGUAAACAUAAGUGAAAACAGUGAUUUGUUAUUCAAUGUUUCAAAAAAUAUCUAAGUCCAUUGCAUUGUGAGAUAUCAAAUAUUUUCUUUCGUUUGACUGAGUUAAUACCGGCUGUGACAAAACAAGCGGAUAUCUGCUGCUAACACCGGUCAUAUUCGUCGAUCUCAUGCAUAAAACUUCCAGUCAUUUGGUGCUCAUUCCAGUUGAUAUCAAGCAAAUAAUCACAGCAUCCCUCAAAACUGUAUAUGCAGUUUAAAAAUGAGACAAAUCAUCCAAUCACGACGAGCUUAAUGCUUCCAGAUGUUCGUUUUGAACUGCUUCGGAAAGUAAACAGACGCAUGUUCAAAUGAAAUACAGCAACCGCGCAGUAUUACGCCAAACGAAAUGGAGAUUAAUGAAUAUGCCAGCCUGCAGCUCCCGGAGCAAGUUAAUCUACCGUUUGCCAUCUCUGGUUCUGGCGAGUAUUAUGUAAUAUCGGCCAAAAGCGGUAUUCAAGUGCUGCAACUGAAAUAUAAACAUAUAAACGAAGACUCUACUAUUAAUUACAUUUUCAAUCGUAUUGAGUGCUCAAAAAGUAAACCAACUGGUCAGUUAAUUACUAAGGAAACUGACUUGUACAACAACAGCAGUCGCGAGCAACGAAUCAAAAUCCUGCUCGAUCAAACUAUUAUUCCCAAUGUAGCCACAUUAUACAUUAAUAACACUUUAGCUAACGUUUCACCACCGGGAAUUUUUCCAGAUUAUAGUAUAUGCCUUGUGGCCCAUUUAACCAACCUAGGGCAGUUAACGUUACAUCGUUACAAUCGAGAUACUGCCGAGUGGGAAACAUAUUGCGAUAUUUCCUCUCGCUGGGUUGCGCACUUAUACGAUGGUAACAUCAUCGUGAGAUAUGACCGUCUCGAGCCGAUGGUAAAAGAUGUUCUUCUUACGACAUUCUGUUGGCGAGAUCAAACUUUUCGACACGUAGCUCAUUUGGCCAUUGGAACUAAAUCAGGAAAAGUGGCGAUCUGCAGUUUAUACUCUGAUGAUGUUCAUAUUGAGCACGUGAUAAGUUUAUCAGAUCCUGUCAGAGUACUUAAAUGGAUAACUCUCGCAGAUGAUAGGAAUUUACUUCUGAUUGGACUUCUAAAUGGAAAAAUAUCAGCAUUUAGCUUUAACACACAACCGGACGCAACGGUGGUCGAUGUUGUAAAACUGAAUGAUGUUUGGAGCGACGAAGAUCAUCUUACUGCCGGUACUAUACAGUACGAAGUAGAUCAAGCUAACCAGAGGAUACUGGUGCUUAUAGUUAAGGGGACGCAUUUACUGGCUUUUCUCUGCAGCCUUCAGGGUGAAGUAAGCACAGUGGCGAUUCAAAACUUAAACAAUUUUAUGAUUACAGGUUUGCAGCAUUUUUCCCAAAAUUGCUACAUAAUAAGCACCCUCCCUGGAACAAUAUUUUACUGUCAUUUUAAAAUAAUCAAAGCGAAUCAAGUGGUAAUCGAACUCAGUACCAUUCGAACCGAUCUUGCAGUGAGUAAAUUUUCAAUUUACGGAGUAACAGCGACGCGCAAUCGGUCUUGCUGGAUGUUUGUUGGUUAUCCAUCAAAAAGUUUUGAUCGCUUAAGUUUGCGCACACCAACGGUUGUAUUUUUCUGUAGGAUCAGUGAAAGAGAACCACUGAAAAUGUUACUGGAAAAUCCGACCUACAGAUUGACUGACUACUAUGAUUGCGCUGAAGUGAUUCGAUAUAGCGGUAACCGUGAUACUCAGACUUUGAAGCAACUGGAGGCACUAUCGUCAACACGUGUUAGCGUAGAUGAUGCGUAUGCAUAUCAUUUAAAGUUACAACUGAUUCAACUUGGAGCCAAGUUUAGUUAUUUCAAGAAACGCUGUUUAUCGAUCGCUGAAGUGCUUUUCAAUCAGUCACAGUUUGUUUCAACUGUUAUCGAGAUUUUGCAUGCAGCCAAAGUGGUGUACUACUUCCUCUACAUAACACAGACUUAUAAUUUACAGUUAAGUUUCAUGCAGUUGUCAUCCGUGAGAUGUUUGCGUAAUUUCAUUAAGGGUUUCGUGGAAGAUAGUUUUCCAGGUGAUUUUGAGCAUAUUCACAUGUCGUUAAAAACAGUUAUGGAGGAAGUUGUUGUGCACGCGAAUGAACUUUUGUCCAAAGCCGCACAGCAGCCACAACAGGAAGAGUGCACAUUCUGUGGAAAACUAAUGGAGUACGAUAAACAAACAUGUUCGGAGAACCAUCAGACCUUUCGGUGUUCACUAACCAAGCAGCAAAUCCCUGUUCAGAAGAUAGAAACGGUGUGUGAAAUGUGCGAUCGCUGCUCCCUGGAUGUGGAACUGUUGGGAGAAAUUUUCCACACCGAUGGUGGACAUCUUUCUGUUUAUUAUCGCUACUGUUGCGUGUGUGACCGGCCUUUUGUUAAACAGAUAGUAGUGUAAAUUUAUAAGGUAUUUGUGAAACAUUGUUAUAAUUUUUUUUAGAAAUUCCAGUUUUUGUAUAAAACAAAAAAAAACUUACGAAA